AUGCCGUUCUCGUACGACGGUCGGGAAACGCCGCAGGGUGACGAAUCAGGCAACUUCUGGAAGAAAAUGCUCAGUUUAAAACGCUCGAAAUCAACGUCCCAUAAGUUCGCCGUCUCACAGAAGAACGAACGUGCUCAGAGCUAUGCUGGCUAUGAUGCCCCAUUGUUUCCGCCACCGGGGACGUCCGAAUCUCUCCCUCGCUCGCCAAGCACUGGCACAUCCCGGCGGUCCCUUCUCCGGAGGAGUCGUUCUUCUAGUGCGACGGCCAAGCCUACGCCCCUUGCUGGGCUGUCUUCCCGCCAGCUGGCUGAUCUUGCAGUAUCUGUCGUUCGACAACUAGACAGUUCUCCCGGUAUGCAGCAAGCAGAGGUGCCGGCCGCCCGUGCUCUCGCAGGACCGCACCUGCAAACCACUAGCGACGCACUUCUGAUUCGCCUGGGAGCUAUGGGCCCUGCGCAAUUCGCUCGUCUGACACUUGACGUGGAAAGGGAAUGCGAGCGUCGUUUUCCGGAUCUGGCUGUUUCUGUUCAGUCGGUCGCUUGCAGACAUAAAUCCGGGGGCAACUUUUCUUUGUCCGUUUCUCCGGGACAAAAGAGUUAUUCGGCCGAGUUCGGAAGAGAACACGUCAGGAAGGCGAGCACGAGCACGAUAGCGAAUGAUUCGCCGGAUUUCCAGGCUGCAACUACGUUCCCCACGCCGCUUUCCACGCCUCCGCGAAAUAAGGCCAAAGCGGUCCAUCCACCGAUUGUUUCAAUCCCCAGCGAUUCGCCGGGCGCAAUGAUAGCUGAGGACCGACCAGAGGAGGAGGAUGAGAAUGAUCAUGAAAACCGGCCCACGAUUGAUCAUCAGCCUGACUCGGAACCUUGGGAGUUUGUGGAAGUCCAGGAAGACCCCGUGACAUCGGCUGCCGACAACGGUACUCAUCUUUCCUCGGAAGAGAGCAUUCACUGUGAAGAGAUUGUUCCAACCACCCCUUCCCUUACGAAUACGGCCUUUGAGAAAGCCGUCCUUGAUGAAACGAUACCAGACAAGGCAGAUUCGGCAGAAUUAGCAGAAUCAGUCCCAUCCUAUACCCAUCAACACUUCAUCGCUGGCCUCAGAACGCUUACGAAUCCGCAACUCUUGACCGCUAUUCGCGACGUGCGAAAUGUCAUGAGACUGGCGACCAUCGGCGGAGACGAGUCCCUACAGGUCCUAUCCUCGUCGCAGCCGGAUCUCCUCGCAAACUCCAUCACCCGUUGUCAGGAGCUUCUGCUACAGCUGCCCGCGGAACGCGUCCAAAUGGUGUGGCUCGGUGUGUCCGCAGAAGCGAGCCGAAGAAAUCUGGACAUUUCCAGCCCCUCCUCGUUGGGCGUUGAGGACGGCACCAUCGCGAGCGAUUAG